AUGUACUUGUAUCAUAUUGUUUGCCUUCCAAACAUUUUUUUUAACUUUUUUCUGACAUUUGCCUUUCAAAAACUAUUUCAAAACACUUUAGCCUACAAAUUCACAAAAGAACAUGGAACCUUUGUGAUUUUUGAUCUACCAAAUAAUAAAAACCAUGAUGAUUUCCUUAUUGAAAUGGUUUCCUCAAGGAAGGUUCAAUCCUUCACUAACAGGUCCAGAAGAAGUAAAUCAAAAGUAUCUCCUACAACUAAUAAGAAUCUAUUGACAAAAAAAACACCCAAAAGGAAGGUAAAAGAUCGAGAAGAAGAACCGAAAACUGAAGAAAAAGUCGAAAAAAAUGAAUUAUUGGAGAAUUUUGGAGUUGAUUUGGGUCCUUUCGGACAAGACUUGUACGAGUGGUUAUGGCCAAAAAAUGAUUCUUCAAAGAAUAAGGCUAGUGAAUCCAUUCAAUCAAUGAAAAUAGAUGAACGAUUCCUGCAAAGUAGGUUUGUAUCAUACAAUGAAAAGAAGGCUAAUUCGUAUUAUAACAAUAAUAUUCACGCAUAUUUACUCCACAAUUACGCUUCUGAAAGAUUUGUCGACAUUUACAAAAGGCUGGCCUUUCACAUGAAAAUAACUCCACGCAUACUAUUCCGUGAAAUUGGAGCCAUAACGGGAAAGUUCGGAAUAAAUAUCCUGGACCCCAAUGCUUAUUCUGAAGUUUAUUCUAUAAAUAAUUCCAUAGAUGAUGAAAAGGGAAAAGAGAUAAGAUCUGACAUACUAUGUUUGAGGAGAAUCAAAUUUGAAGUUUAUUCCCUGAUCGGGGCAAAACUGUUAAGAUACACGAUGUUGUUUCUGCUUCGGUACAUUAGACUUGGAAUUCCAAAUGAAAUCAAGAUUAGAUUUUUGACUGAUUUGAUUAAGCAGGACUACACCUCAGUUGCAUGCAGUAUGGCCUGUAAUCAAAUAGAUUUUGGAGAUAAUAAAAACAAUCCUCUUAAUCAAACGUACCCGAUUCGUAAUUCAUUUGAGAGCAUGGGAUAUCCUUAUUCAGACCAAUUGUUUUAUUCUGAACCUAAUUCAGAAGAUGUAUGGUCCCCUUCAAAACUUGUUGAUCCUCAUGUUUUCAACCGUCUCAGUAAAAAGAAUAAAUCAAAGUUAGUCUGUGUAGCAGCCUCUUUACAUCCGGAAUAUGCUCUGCAAAUUGUCAAAAACAUUGCAUUUGCUGCCGGCUAUAAGUCUGAAAGGGAGUUAUUAACUAAUUUUUGUCUGAAUUGUAGUUUCACAUCUAGGGGUUCUAGGUCCUUUAUUUCGAAGCUCAAAGAGGAACGCUUGGUGGAUGAAAAGUUAAGACAGGCUGCCAAAUUAUACAAAAAAUGCCAGCUUCCUUCUUCGCUCAAGUCUGCCUUGGACAUCUUAGUUGAAGUACCCUAUAUUUCAGGGUUGAUUAAAAGACAUCUGGAGUCCGGCCGUAAGAUUAUGUCUUUGAAAAGGGCCAGAAUGAUACUCAAGAGAGUUAGGUCUGAAGUAGAACUUCUUCCUGAAGAUAUGGUCCUUUGGGACAUUUUAAAGAGUUUGAUUUCAAGAAAGGUUCUAAACGCCCCCUCUCGCCUAUACAAACAAGCUGCUAAACAGAUUUUGGCACUGAAAAAUUACCUGAGCCCAAACUUGAAACAAGAAAUUGAGAGUAGAGGUGUUGAUGCAGUAAAACUAUAUAAAGACACUAACGGGUUACCUCAAGAUUUAGAAUCGAUUUCUUGGGAUGAAAGGGUUGACUUGGCCAGAAAGAUCAGGAAAAAUGUCAAGAAUAUUUGGCUUGAGAAUCGCCAACACUCGUUUGAAGACACUGGAAUUCGACUUGUCGACGCUCUUUCUGCUACUGCUGGUUACAAGGAUAUAAACAAUGUCUUAACUAUCGUAUCAAUGUUGUCGAAACCUCCCCAGACCAAGGUUGAAAGGUUGUCAAGACAGCCCGGACCUGAGUUUGAGCACUCUCCAAGGCUAGAAUUUAAAGAUUUUAAAAAUAAAAUCAUGUAA